UCUCGAAGGUUACUGCGACCCCUUAUACAUGGAUGUCGUAUUGUCCCUGCAGCGGGUGCUUUUAGGCACGGACGUAGUCAUGUUCCGCUCCAACGCACCAUCUUUGGAACGAUACAAUUGUGACAAGGUGCGACAAAUCUUGGUGGCCGGCAACCUCGACCCCAAGAGCAACGUAAGCAAAUACUUUGACGUCAUUCGCCAAGCACAGGUCAAGCCGGGGGCUCCCAUCGUAGUGAGUGAGUACUACACCGGUUGGAUGAACUACUGGGGCUGGGACGACAAUCCGGCCUAUCCACCCUGGGUCAUCGCCACCUUCGAGAAGAUGAUGGAACAGGGGGCCAACGUUAUUUUCUACAUGUUCCACGGAGGCACGAGCUUCGGCUUCAAGGCUGCCACCAGCUCAGAAUCGCCGUUGGUAACGAGCUACGACUACGACGCGCCCAUGGGAGAAGACGGCGACCCGAAGGCCUACUACUUCCCACUACGCAAAUCAAUCGGCAAGUACAUUCCGCUCAAAUCCGGGGAGCUUCGUAAGCCCUGGCCCAAGUUGAAGGUAGACGCCAUUCGCAUGCCACACAGCAUGUCCCUGACGGACGUAAUGGCACACUUCAGACAUAAAGGCUGGCUCAAGCGAAGAAGGUCCGAGUAUCCGUUGACCUUCGAAGAGCUCGGCCAGGACUUCGGGUUUCUUUUGUACCGCACUGUGUUCAUGGCCGGCCUGGAUGGCCGGUACUUAAUGGCGCUUCACGGUCUCCGCGACAUGGCGCAGCUGCACGUGCGUGACGAACGCUACUUCAUGCGCAUAUUCGACACCGCACGCCUGCCAGCCAAAACCGGUUGCAACGUGAUGCUCAGGUUGGGCGAGAGGCUGUCCAUCCUGGUGGAGAACAUGGGCCGCGAAGACUUCGGUCCCAAGAAUCGCGAUCCGAAGGGAAUUAGGAACGUGACUGUGGACCGCAUCACCCUGACUGACUGGAUCAUCGAGGCCCUGCCUCUGACACAGAAGAGAGACAUUAGCGAACUCUUCCAGCUCAUGCGGACGCCCAGAAAUAGCCAGGGCAACAUACCACACUUCUACUACGGUUGGUUCACGUUGCCCAAGGGACAGAAGCCGCUGGACACGUUCCUCGACCCGUCAAACUACACGAAAGGUGUGGCGUUUAUUAACGGCUUCAACCUGGGGCGUUACUGGCCGGCAGUCGGGCCGCAGAUAAGGCUGUACGUUCCCGGAGUCUACAUCAAGCCGCAUCCCGAGGAAAACAGGCUCAUCUUGUUCGAAUUGGAAGGGCUUCGCACUAAUCACCCUGACCGAGGUGUUAGCUUUGUUGAUAGGCCUUACCUCAACGCUAACCCGGGACAGCCUCACCCUUAGCGGGAAGACCAGAAAGGCAGGAAAUAAUACUUGAAAUUACCGAGUGUUUAUUUCGUUGGAGUUCAGUCUUUACGAAACGAACGCCAAAGGUCAGGCUAACAGGUCCCCAGAAGACCACCGACAAGGGCUUCGGUCAUCGAUAUAUUUCACUGUAUCAAUCGAUGGUGUGCGAACGCCUUUUGCAAACUGGAAUUUCAUUGUUGUUACGCAUCAUCAUCCAACUUUGUUCACGAGCACGUUCAGUCUACUCAAUAAACGCGUAAUAUUUUUUU